AUGCAGUUGAGUUUUGUUAAAACCUUUGAGUUUGUGAUCACUUUCACAACCCUGGGCCAUCACUCCUCUGAGUACCUUCAUGGGUUGCAGAGAAGUGAUUUUGCAGCAGAUGGACAGAUAAGGGAAGCCACUUCUCAACCUGCCAAGAAUAACUGGGCUGGGCGAGGGCUUUAUGGUAUUGACAGUAUGCCAGAUCUCCGUAGGAAGAAAACUUUGCCCAUUGUACGAGAUGUGACUCUGGCUGCCCGGAAAUCUGGACUCUCCCUGGCUAUGGUCAUUAGGACAUCUCUAAACAAUGAGGAACUGAAAAUACAUGUCUUCAAGAAGACCUUGCAGGCACUGAUCUACCCCAUGUCCUCCACCACCCCUCACAAUUUUGAGGUCUGGACGGCAACAACACCCACCUACUGUUACGAGUGUGAAGGGCUCCUGUGGGGCAUUGCCCGGCAAGGCAUGAAGUGUUUGGAGUGUGGAGUGAAAUGCCAUGAAAAGUGUCAGGACCUCCUAAAUGCUGACUGUUUGCAGAGUGAGUACCUACUUAGGCUAAAGACAUGUAUGCAUAACCUACAUGCUUUCAUAUUAGGCCUCUGCAGUUCUUGCUGGUUUUCAGUAAUUCCACCCCCUACCCCUCCUACUUCACAAAGAUUCACAUACCACCCAUGA